AUGUCUGGCGAUAAAGCACCUUCCACCCUCCAGUCCUACGUUGACUCGGCUACUGGAGCUGUCCAGAGCGCCAUUGGCAGCUUGACUGGCAGCACGGGCGACCAAGCUCAGGGCGAUGUCAAGAAGGAUACUGCCAAGGCAGAGCAUGAGGCUUCUCAGGCCUCUGUCAAGGUUCCCGGAGCUGCUAUUUCCAGUGAUGGCGGUGCCGCAAAGGACCAUCCUGAUCGUGCUGCUGGCAACUGGAACCAGACUGUCGGUUCUGCCAAGGAAGCCGUUGGUGGCUUGAUCGGUAGUGAGAACUUGAAGUCAGCCGGUCGUGAACAAAACCUCGAGGGUCAGCGACAGGAAGCCAAGGGCCAACUCAACGACUUGGGCUCCGGUAUGGCUGCUCGUGCUCAGGGUACAGUCGGAGGUGCAAUCUCUGGCCUCACUGGCGACAAGGAGGGACAGGCACAUUACGAUCAGAUGCGUGCCGACGGCAAGGCUCAACAGCGUGGUGUUGAACACGACCUUGAGAAAAAAGCGGAAGCUGACAAGAAGGAGUAA